AUGGCUCCUCCAUCAAGGUUUCGGCCCUGGGAACAUGCAGACCUAGAUGACACCUCUCACGAUGCUGCGAACAACCAGAGCGCCAAGUCAAGUCAGACCCAGGGCCUUGUACGACCUCAGUAUCAGACACGGUCUGUUUCCUCAAGCUCUUAUCAUCACUCGCCUACUUUUCGCAAUGAGGUCCAUUCUGAUCCGACCACUGCGAGCAAACCGGAGAUUGCUAGUUCUCCCCCCACAGGUGCAUUAUCUGUCAAUAAAAGAAGCUUUACAACAACCAGACUCCCCGACGAUGAAGAUCAGAGACCACGAAAACGCUCUUUAAAGACCCUUCAAGCCAAACCUAGCUUGCUCCACUCCAACACUACAGAAUCAAAUCUCUCAUUGAGCAGCGCAGAGGCCUUGGCCAGAUAUAGUGGACCCAGAGUACGCAAUGCUUCUGUCGCAUGCCUCCAAUGUCGAGCAAAACGUCGAAAGUGCGUCAACAAUGGGCAGUCACCUUGUGAAGCUUGCAUCGCUAACGACAUACCAUGUGUCAUUGACCGCUCGCUCGACCAGCGCCGUAAAGCUGCUCAUCAACGCAGAGGGCAACAAAGCGAGCAAGAGAAGCAUAUUUUGGCCGAUCUACUCGAAGUUUUGCGGCAACCAGACAUGAUGCACGUGCACGCAGCCAUAGACUUCGUCCGAAGUGGCGCGUCUCAUGAGCAGCUGGACGUGUAUCUUCGAUCAUGCUUAGGGAAUGACCAGAGAGAUGAUCUGGCCACGAGUUCUGAAUGCAUUGAUGGGACCACGGCCCCUGCUGAUGCUGCUUCAAUACGUGACACUAGCCCCAAACAAGUAUCCGACAUUAGCAACCCUAAAGAAGCGCUGUUAGCGUCUGAGCAGAAAGAUGCUCAUUUCAGACAAUCAUCUAUCAAUGUCGACAAGUCUCUUCUCAUUGGCUCCUUACAAAAGUUGGCUUAUGAUGCGGGCCAUCAGCAACCCCUGCUUAUUUCCCUCGAUCAGGAAAAUGGUCUGGUCAAUUCGAUUUUCGACUCUGACCACAUCACUCAAUUCCCCUCUGCUAUGGCCAUAGCAGCAUCAAGAUCGCCACUAUUGGCAAAGACUGUGGCUACAGCGACAGCGAAGGAGCUGGCGUGCUUAGGUGUGAAUCUCAUUCUAGGUCCGGUCCUCGACGUUCAUGCUCGUGGCCAAGCUCAACAAAUGGGCGUGCGCUCACUAGGAGAAGACAAUCAUACUGUAUCCGACUUGGGUCUGGAAUACGUCAAAGGCUACCAUUUAGGAGGCCUGCUGAGCUGUGGGAAGCAUUUUCCCGGCUAUGGUAACUUGAUGUUCCCAGGAAACCUCUCUGAUAUCCCUAGCGUUCCUGGGACGCUUGAUCAAUUGUACUACUCAUCACUCGCCCCUUUUCAAGCUGCAGUGGACAAUGAUAUCGAUUCGAUGCUGGUUGGAGCAUGCGCCAUGCCGGAUGUUGAAUACGAGAACGUACUACAUGCUUGCCUUUCACGGCACGUCGUCACCAAUCUUCUCCGAGAACGAAUUGGCUUCAACGGUGUGGUGAUAUGUGAAUGCCUUGAGAUUGAGUCCAUGUAUGAGAGCUUCGGCGUUGGACAAGCAUCCGUUAUGGCAAUUGAUGCCGGAUGUGAUUUGCUAAUGGUAUGUAACUCUUACUCUAACCAAGCAGAGGCAAUCUCGGCAGUUCAAGCAGCCGUCGCUUCCAACGUCAUGUCGAUCGAUAGAAUCCUUGAAUCAGCCGGCAGGAUUUCUGACAUGAAACGCAAGCUUCUGACCUGGGACCGAGCUCUGAAUCCCUCGGGAAUCAAUGGACUAGAAUUGCUGAAAGAAGAGCACAAAGAUCUGUCAAUUGAAGCCUAUGAGAACUCAAUCACGCUCAUACGCGAUCGACCAAAAGUUCUUCCCCUCUCUGCCGGAGCAGAUUCAACGGCAAAGCUUUUGUUGUUGACACCUCUGGUGGAAACAUUCCAUGGAGCUCAAUCUCCGAUGUCAAUGGAAGACGACACCAUGCUACCCACGAAGAGCUCACAUGCGAUUAGGUCCAGACCACAAACCGCUGGUAAUCUUGAUGGCGAAGCGGCUUUUCAAUCUUUUGGACGCUCUUUGGCCAAGAUGUGGCCUGGAAAAGUAGUCCAUACAUCAUACACCGCCAGCGGAGUUAGUCCAUUGCAUGAAAGAUUGGUAUCUGAGGCAGCAGCUGUCGUACUACUCACCGCAGAUGGCUUCCGAAAUACUUAUCAAUACGGAUUCACGAAAUAUAUCCUGACUUUGUGUAAGAGCCAGUCCUCGGUUGCUAACAACCACAAACCCUGUGUGGUCGUGGCAGUCAGCUCACCAUACGACUUCUCCAAUGACGAGACUGUUUCCACAUAUCUCUGCACCUAUGAUUGCACCGAAGAGGCUUUGAGAUGCCUGGGUCGAGCACUAUUCGGCAUGCUCACUCCCACUUCUCGAUCCGAUGCUUCAUCGAAAUCACAACCAGUUUUGGACAGUGGAAGAGUUCCAGUACAGCGCCAACUAUGGCUUGUCGAAGAUUUCGUUCCGUCGAGAGACCUGGACGGGCUUCAGGAGCUACUGGAUCGAACACUCAGCACCUCCUCAGACCGCGCUGAAAUGGUUGAAGCACACUUUCCCACCUAUUGUUUCAAAUCUUCUUCAUACUUGGUGGACUUCGAACCGAUGAUUCAGUCACAUCAUUUUGUGGUUAGAAACAGCAGUACACGAGUCGUAUAUGGAUUUUGUGCUACAUACUAUGUUUCGUCUCUUGGUCUAGCAUCUGUGGGACUGAUUUUGGUAGAUAUUGAGAAGCGACAGAAGGGUAUUGGUUUUUCCUUGCACCAACGAGCUUUGUCCUACCUCCGUGGUUUGCGUGGCAUGAAACGUCUCCAACUUGGUACCACACUUCCAUCAAUCUACCCUGGAAUCCCUAAUCGUCUUAAUUCCACUCAUGUUGUUUUGAGGAAAUGGGUGAAGGCAAAAGGCUGGCUCUUCCAAAAUUGGAACAGGACUGCGGUGUUCACGAUACGAUCAUUUGCGCAGGACUUGUGGAGACCACCAGUCGAGAUUCAGGAGAAACUGUUCGCCAGACAUGUGGCCACUCAUGUGCAACACCUUUCCAAUUCAGAACCUUUACAGCGGCAUCUAGUUAAGGCUCAGCCUUACGCUGCACCUGGACGACCUAUUGAUCAGAAAGCUAUCACCACAUAUCUUUAUAACCAUGCGCAGGACCGAAGCCAGAAAGUUACUGUGGUGGUCUUGAAAGAGCAAGCAACGGACGACAUUGUGGGAUCAGCGAUUUUGUACCAUCCAGAAUCAGUCUUCGGCAGACUCUUUCCUCUUGAGGGAGAACAAAUGGGUGGUGUGACAGGUAUGAUGAUCUCAGACGAUCGACAACCGGAGGUCAUUGCUCAAGCCCUUUUGGUCACCGCUGCUGAGCAAUUAAAAGAGCGAGGAUUUGCAGGUUGUUGCGUCUUCCUGGCCGACCAAGAGCAUUUACACAAAAUUUUGUCCGAAUCUGGAUUUGCGAAAGUGCUUCAAUCCUACGAUACAAUUGCACUUUCGAUGGCUGAUUCGGCAUUCCUCGAUGAUGAGAAUUUAGGCGACCUGUUGGAUCGCAAUCUCGACCCAAUUCAAUAUGGGAACAUCUUCGAAAACUACGAUGAUAUCCAGAUAUCCACUUUCGAAGACGACUACUCGCUCUUCUUCAAUGACAUUAAUGAUGCCAACUUUGACCUCCAUGACGAGGGGUUUGACCUUGGGGCAAGCAAUAAUCCAUUACUAGUGACCCAGGAGUCUGAAGGUGUCAUGGAGCAUGUUCGCGAACAGUCGGCUCUCAGAAAACCCAGUCUGGAUACGAUUACACUAGACGUACCGUUACUAGCAUUUCAUAACAAUUUGAACGACGACGAAGGUAAGCCUCCCUCAAGUCUUGACCCUUCACUACUCCGGCUUGAGGCUCAAAUUGGCGGACGCAUCAAACUCCCGGAUCAGGCGAUCGGUGGUGGGACAGCGGCUUCCGAACCGAAUGAACUUACGUUCUAUCGACGGAAUUUAUUCAAAGUCGGUGCUCGAGUGCAUCUUACUCGGGAAGGCGCGACUAUCCUAUCUCAGCGAGGACUGCUCAAACUAGUUGCCAAGUUGGAUUCCAUCGAAAGCAUAGAAGGAGAACCCGUGAAGCUGAUCAAAAUUCCCAUUAAAAACGAUUCAACCUGCGAUGAUUCAACGUCCAAAGGAGAAGCAGUACAGCCUAUACUGCUAGAUCAUAAGGCUGUUGAUACCUCGGGUCCAGUAGCUCUCGACGUGUGCUGGGAUCGACUCCAGUUUCGACGGGCUACCACGAAAACCCGAGGAAGUGUUGCUCAGCGGUAUCAGCUACGUGUAACAAUUGCUGCGAUCAACAGAGACCAGUCUGAGAAAACGAUUGCUCAAGUGGCAAGCGAAUUUAUCGUGGUGAGAGGGCGGAGUCCAAAGAACUAUCCAGACCAAUCCAAAGGGCAAUAUUUUCCGGCCAAACUUGGGGGCAGUAGCAUGUCGCCACCAAUUCGGCGGGAGUCCACAUCCUCCAAGGCAACUCCUUUGGAUUUUCAACAAAAUAUCACCGGAGCAAGAUCCAUUGUAACGGCCACAGAGCGAAGCUCGAAUUCUUACUUUUCGACCAGACAACGAACAGAAGCGCUGCUCCCUAAUAAAUCUGGCCGAGGACAAUCUGCGGUUGCCAGAGUCUCAGAAAUCACAGAUCUAGAUCUGUAUUCCGAUGGAAGUGAAGGCUCAAGUUCGACCGAGAUGCUGACGACCAAGUUUGCCACGCACAGUUCUAUUCCACCAACGACUGUGGAUGUGGCCACCAAAUCUUUGGCCCAUAAGCCAACAAGCAUGGAGAAUCGGUCGGCCGUACGAGACGAGGAGCAACCUCUUGGAGGGCUGUUACUACCCACACUUCUCAGAAAAAACAACAAUACAACGGCUCUAGAUUCAAAGACCACCUCACUUGCCGAGGAGCAAGACUCCUAUGAGUACAUUCCCCUGUCCAUCAAUGACUGGUCCACUCCUGUUGAUCCUGUAUAUAGACCACAUGGAGUGCAUCACAAAGCAGUCAAGGAUCAGUAUGGCCGAUCCGCUGCUAAGAAGCGGUAUUUCAUAGAUGUCAAAUAG